GAAGGAAAGCUGAGGAGAAGAAGUUAACAAUGGUGGAAUAGAGCGAUUGUUUGACGACGACGAUGAUGGCGACGUUUGUCUCCGUAUCGUCUUGCCAGUUUCGUUUUGGCUUCUCUGAGUUUCCACCUCCAUCGUUAACUCCUUAUCCGAGGCGGUUUAAGGUCUCUGGCCGGAGAUUUCCGGAGAUUCAGAUCAAAUGUUCUUCAUCUGAGCCGGAAAAUGGUGAGGAUUCGGCGCCGUCGCUGUCUUCCUCCUCCUCAUCGAGUGAAGUAUCUACGACUAACAGUUCGACAUACAACUGGUACACCGUACUUGGCGGUAUCGGGAUGUUAGAUACAGCGUAUUUGACUUACCUUAAGGUCACUGGCUCUGAUGCGUUUUGCCCUAUUGGUGGUGGCACUUGUGGAGAUGUCCUGAACAGCGAUUACGCUGCUGUUUUCGGUGUUCCUCUCCCAGUGAUUGGAUUUGUUAUGUAUGGCUUAGUAACCGCUCUAAGUGCAGAGCUUGGGGAAGGGAAUCUACCUUUUGGAAUUAGUAAUACCAAUGGGCGUUUCGCGUUAUUUGGGACAACGACUGCAAUGGCAUCUGCUAGUGCAUAUUUUCUGUAUAUCCUUAGUACAAAACUCUCAGGAUCUUCAUGCCUGUAUUGUCUAGUGUCUGCUUUCAUAUCAUUCAGUCUAUUUUUCCUCUCUUUAAAGGAUGUGAAGUUGCAAGAAAUAAAGCAAGUCGUAGGAUUGCAGAUAUGCUUGGCAAUUAUAGUUGUUGCCUCCUUGACUGCUUCGUACAGUACUGCUCAACCAAUCCCGUCACGCUCUGGUGACAUUGAACUGCCAUAUUUUAGAACAGAGAUCACUUCAUCAUCGAGCCCUUAUGCUAUUGCUUUAGCAAAACAUCUAAACUCCAUUGGAGCCAGAAUGUAUGGGGCAUUCUGGUGCUCUCACUGCUUAGAGCAAAAAGAGAUGUUUGGAAGAGAAGCGGCAAAACAACUGAAUUAUGUGGAAUGUUUUCCGGAUGGAUACAAGAAAGGAACUAAGAUACUCAAGGCAUGUGCAGAUGCAGGGAUCGAAGGAUUUCCAACAUGGAUAAUAAAUGAUCAGGUCUUAAGCGGAGAAAUAGAACUCGCUGAACUAGCGGAGAUGUCUGGAUUCAGCCUUGAUCAGGCAAAUGAGGCCAGUCAACUACAGUAAAAUAUUGUAUUGUAGCAGAAAAGAAUUAGGUGAAUCCGUGAAUG